AGGGGUAUUUAGGGGUGUAUGAAACGCCAGGAUGGGCGUAUGGGAUCCGGAUGAGUUCUGCGGGGAAUCUGUGGGAUUAGUGGGGACAGGGGUCUCGACACUGGAAGAUCUGAGGGUGGGGGCAUUGUCUGACAUGGACAUCUGUGAGCCCCCAGAGCCUUUUGCGGUGUCUCUGCGGGAAGCCAUCCAAAUAAUUUGGGUGAAGCUGAGCCAGCUGGAGCAAGCUCCUGCCUGCAUCCCCCCCUGCGGGCACCAGCCGGCCGCCCGCGUCUUCCAGUGUGCAACCUGCCGCCUCGUCGACUGCCAGUUCCCUGUAGACUGCCCAGUUCAGGACGUGUGGGUCCACGAGGACGAAGCCAUCACGCUGCACUGCGACGUGCCCUUCGCUGUGCCUCCCGAGCUGCAGGUUACGUGGAUGUUUGCCAAGGAUAUACGCACGCAGGACCUGGCGCUGUUUGAGGAGCUGCAGAGGGGCGUUGGGGAGCCCCCCAGCCUGACCGUGCAGGACCCCACUCUGGGAACCAUUGCCUGUCGCCUGGGGGCCGCCUCUGAGACCCUGGCCCGCAAGUACUUCUACCUCAAUGGGCCUCCUGGCAACGCUGCCGGAAAUCUCCGCAGCCUCCCAGACCCCAGUGACUCCCAGGCACCCCACAGACCUGGACACCAGGGCCCCAAAGGAAGCGUGGAUCACCGUGGACUUACGCCAGGAUCUUUCCCCGAGGACCAAAACAUUUGCAGUUGCUCAUCUUGCAUUGUCCAUGGGAUGUAACUGGGACUCGUGGGUCCUUCCCCUAACCCUUCGCCUGUAUGGAAUGGGGGAGAAUUUGCCUUUGCGUUUGUUACCAAUUAUAAUCAUAUGUCUUACCU